UCACAGAGUCGACGCGCAGUUGGUGAGAAUCGGAGCGUUUGUGAAGACUGUCACUUGAGCAAGUUUACAGAGCGGUAGAAAAAGUCUACUUGCGCGAGUCUGCAGACAGAAACGCACAGAGUACAGACUAAAUCUUCGAGUCUACACAGAGUUCGUCCACUCUCGGCAUCAAGAUGUGCACCUCAUCUGAGUCAGUGCCCAAGAGCGCUGUAUAUGAGACAGAAGCGGCUGCGUGGCUGGAUAACAUCAGCUUCUGCAGCGGCUUCUGUCAGUGGAUCGACGAAGAGUUGAGCGUCGAUUCACUGCCAGCUGAGUCCCAGCAGCCUGUGCAGUCAACAAGCGCUUCACAAGCAGAAGCAGAAGCAGAAGCAGUGAGUGCACAGCCUUCUGCUGAGAAAAGCCCAACAGAAGUUCCAUCUCGAGGCAACAGGAGAAGCAGAAUCCAUGCCUUCUUCAAGAGAGCAUGGAAGGCUGUUAAGAAGCCGUUCCUCCGUUGCAGACGGACAAGAGUGGAGUCCAGUCCUGAAACAGCAUCUGUCCCGGGACCCUCUGGGCUCCAGAACGUGCCUGACACCGAGCCGGCAUCUGCCUCAGGUCUUCCCAAUUGGGAGCCAACGACCGAACCUAUGUACAGUUUAUACACACUGCAGGGAUUGAUUGGAAAGGGAAGUUUCGGCAAGGUGUUCAAGGCAAUACGGAAAUCUGACGGCCAAGAGGUUGCCAUUAAAGGACUGUGCAAAUUCAACAACAGGCGUUAUCUUAAAAUUCCUGGUUGCUCCGCACCUCUGCCUAGAGAAGUGGCUCUGAUGCUGCUGUUGAGGCGUCCUCCAGUUAGCCCCUACGUCAUACAAAUGUACGAGUGGUUUGAUCGACCCAAGAUCUUCUCUCUUAUUCUGGAGUGCCCUCAACCGUGCAUGGUCCUGCGAAAGUUCAUCACGGUUUCGUCAGGACUGACUGAAACGAUCGCGUCCAUCUUAAUGCGUCAGUUAGUCCUGGCAGUGCAGCACUGCAUAGACCACGGCGUUUUUCACAACGACAUCCACGCUGACAACAUCCUGGUGACCACAGACACUCUGGAGAUCAAGCUGAUUGACUUUGGCGCCGCUCACCUGUUUGAGAGCACAGGCUACGACACCUGGAAAUAUUUAGGUGAGCUGGCGUUCUGUAUUUAUUUUUUAUUGCAAAAUAUUGGGAAAAUAAGCGUGGGAAAUGAAAUGUUCUUGCUUGCAGGAGCAGCAGAGUACUGUCCUCCAGAGGCUUUUUCGCAGCCCAAAUACCACGCCGUCCCAACAAAUGUCUGGGCUCUGGGCGUUACGCUGUAUCUGAUGGUGAACAGACGGCUGCCCUUUUACAACAUCCGGGAAACAUUGGAAGCUUCCCCUAAGUUUUGGAAGCCCACCUUGUCCAUAGCAUGCCGUGAUCUGAUUGGCCAGUGUCUGAACCGCGAUCCAGCGAAGCGGCCGACUUUAGAGCAGAUCUUAGAGCACCCCUGGUUCAAAAGGUGGCUCUAGAAUGAAGGCAGGCGAGGGAUUCCCUCUCUCAUGUGCCUCAGACCUAAUCACUCUCCAUAGAGGUCAAGUACUGUCAUAUGUUUCAAUUCUAAAUGAUGUUGAGAAAACAAAACAGUUGUUGACCGCAGAGCACUUUAAUGUUCUGGUCCUAUUAUAGACGACAUAGUAAUAUGAUAAUAUGAAAAGUACUGGACUAGAUAGAAACAUGAUUCCAAAUCUUCUUGAGACCAUGAACCCAAACAGACCUCUAAAGGACCAGUGUGGACAUUAGGGUGUGCUUCCCAUCUAACGCUCCUGUGCAGUUAGGGAAAUCCACCUAGAUGAAAACUUUGAAGAGAUAUUCCUCUCCUGCUCAGUCGGUCUUUCUAGAUAAUGAGUGCAGGGCAAGAUGGAAGUCACUUCGAGACAAACACAUCAAGUGGAAAAAAAGACAGCAGUUGUCAAGUGGCUCUGGAGCAAUGCGUCAACAGGAAUGGAAAUAAGCUUCAGUGAUUUCCUUCCUGAAUGUAUUUAUACAAAAUUGAAGUUGCUCCUCGGUUGUGUGAGACUUCAGCUCCGUCUUGGCCCUCAGUGACACCCAGACUCUCCGUCCUCUCGUCUCCAUCCUGGGCUCAUCAUCCAUCGGCUCAGUCUCCGUCAGUCGGCCCCCUGGUGUUGUCGGCUCCAUGGCUCCUCCCUCCAUUCACUCCACCCUGGCUCUAUGGACUAUGUUCCCUCUCCAUUGCCUGCCCCACACCUGCCCCCUGAUCAUCCACCCUCCCUCAUCUGUUGGGCUUUUUUUGGCACGAGGGCGUUCGUUUCCGGGGGGGACGAACUGUUAUUGUAAUAAUCUGUUUUGGUUUAAAACCUUCUUCUGUAUUUUGUCCGUUCUCGUUGAUGUUUAUUUGUUUAUUAUAUCUAAUGUGGAUUUAUUUAGCUGUCUCCUGGAUAUUCUUAUUAA